GAGAGUUAUACGCCUUUCGAUCUUAUUUUUUGAUUUCCUUUGGCACUGUCCAACUGGUAUCUGGGGUUGAGUGAGACCACAAUCAUCCCUAACGCAAUCCAUCCAAUCGGUCAAAGGCUUUCCUCUUCCUUUACUGCCAUCAAUGCCAUGUUAUAUAUAUAUAUAACAUCCCUUGACCCUUUAUAUCUCUCAGUCAGUAUAUUCUUGACAUGUAUUCACUUCUAUAUACAAACUUUCAUUGAAAAAUAAUCAUGUAUAAGUUUAUAACUAAAGUUUUACUAAAAAGGUUAGUUUUCUGAGUAUGGUGAGUUUCAGGUUUAGGCCUCUUGUUGGGCCUAUGAAUUCAGAAUAAUGACGCCAAUUUAAAACCACAUCUUAUCACAUAGAGGCGAGUAUAAUGAACAACCUUCCUUGAACAGAAUGCUUUUGGAAUGUUUUAUUGAGGAGGCGUGUUGCGCAAGAAAUGCUUUUUGCACUAGGUGCAAAAUAGUUGGGAAAAUCGACUUUUGGUAAUUUCUAAAGUUUCAUAACUCCACUAAGAUUAAUCCAACCCGCGAGUUAUUGCAGCCCUAGAUCCUUGAAGGUGUUCUCUACAAACUGACAAAAUUUGAGGGUAUGUUUAUGGGUACCCCCUUAGACGGGAUCGCACUAUAACAACAUUUUUAUUUUUAUUUUGGGCUUGAAAUGAUUAAGAUAAACAGUAAUUAUAGAAACUAAAGAACACAGAUCUUUACAAGUAAUACAUCCACUAUAAAGUUGUAUUCAAUUAUAUUAAAAGAUUCACUUUCAGCAUGACCACCAAAAAUGCGAACUAGUAACCUAAACCUUUGCGGGAUACGAUCACGAGAUUGCACAACGGUUAUCUGUGUUUGAAUCAAGGGGGGAAAAGCAUACUUCUGUACUUCUCGAUACUUCUCCGUACUUCUUGAUACUUCUUCGUACUUUUUUGUACUUCUCCGUACUUCUGAAGUACGAAAUACGAAAGGAGGAAAAGCGUACUUCGUACUUCAGAAGUACGGAGAAGUACAAAAAAGUACGAAGAAGUAUCAAGAAGUACGGAGAAGUAUCGAGAAGUACAGAAGUAUGCUUUUUCCCCCUUGGUUUGAAUCCAUCAUAUAGAACGAGUCUGUCCUUCGUCUCAUACGUCUUUGCUCGGCAUUCUACCUGUUUGCCAUUGCGAUCAUUCGCAUCGGGUUCCGCUGCGUGUGGUACCGCAAACGACAGGCGGAACUAGAUACUCGGGUAAUGUUACAGUACUUCAGCCAGAUUUUUGCAUGUUUCAUGGUCCCUGGAAAUUAUUCCUCGUCCACAAGUGUGGCAAUCAGUAGGAAUGCAUCGCUGCCAUCAGUACGAUCCUUUUCAGCAGAAUACAAGUCGCUGUAGUGGCGCUAAGUCAUCUCCAGCAGCAAAUAGAACACGGACUGUUAUCGAUACGACAGACCAAGUGUAUAAGCUGUGCAGGACACACUAAGGCUAGAAGUACGUUUUUGCUCUUUAAACUGACCAGAAUCGAUAAUACUCAUUAUCUUUUGCAAGUAUAUAUUUUCUUUUAGUAUAUAUGAAGACCUAAUACUGCAACAUACGGUGAUAAUAGAAAUGAGCGAUAGUUAUUUACGUAAUGAAUGGGCAAAAUCUAGUAGUGAUACAAGUUUGGUUCCAUUAAAUAAUCAACAAAAUUACGCUGUUGAUGAAACAAUGAAUAUGAAUCCAAAUCUUCAACAUAUUUAUAUGUCACAAAUAUCAGCAAUUCAACCACAAUUUGGUGGACGAAAUCAAGUAUGGACAUCACCGGAUGAUGUACCGCCAAAAGAGCAAGCAUGCACAUCAACAACAAAACAUUGUAUAUUAGGUUCCGUGAUUGGUUUGCUAGUUGCUGUUGCCACACUGGUUCCAAUAUUAGUCUGGUCAUUGACAAAAUCAAGUAAUGAUCAAAGUUCACCCUCUGCAAGCAAUUCCGCUGUUACAGCAGGUGGUUCAUAUCCUAGUCAAUGCACAGGUUACUACGUUCUAGCUGAUUCAACACGAAAUAUUGGAUCUCCUACCGGUUCAGGCAGUUACGGUGAUGUAAGCUGUUAUAAUUUUUACACGAACUGGUAUCGAAUUAUGGGUAAUGCCGGCACAAUGCUCACUACAAAUCCUACUGUUUCUUAUCAAUGUGCUUCAAUGUAUCCUGGAUACUAUCAAGGAACUCAUCCGGCAACUGCUGGACAAACAACCACUGGUACAGUGUGCUUUAUGAGCAGUUCCUGCCUUUAUACAACAACAAUUAGUGUUACGCUAUGUAACGGAUACUAUGUAUAUAAUUUACCAUCGGUAUCUGGUAGUUGUAUACAAGCACGAUAUUGCACUGUAUAA